AUGGAUAGGCCUGUGGAAAAGAUGCAUGUGAAGGAAUUAAAAGAAAUUCUCGUAAGGAAGAAAGUGAGCCUGAAAGGAUUAACAGUGAAGGCCCAACUUGUUGCAAAGUAAGCCGGCAGCGUUUUUAACCCUGUGUUUUAUAUGAUUAAAUACACUUGACACUGACUUGAAAACCAUUAAAUGUACCUUUGUCUUUUGUCUCAUUAUUUUUUUCUGUCUAAGUGAUUGCAAGUUUAAAAUUAGCGUCCCUUGUUGAUUUUUUUGUGCAGAGUGAAGGAAGUACUUCAAAUGUGUACAGAUGAUCGCGGGCAAAAUGAUCAAAAUAAUCAAGCGACCGCCGCUGCACUUCGUGCUCGAAGUAAAAAGAGCGACUCAGAUCUUGUUAGGGAGAAUGAGGAAAAGUUUAGAUUUUGUCCCUCUGAGAAGAAUAUGGAUCAACUACUGGACGAUCUUCCUCCAUUCACGUAUAAUACCAUUGUGAAAUAUGUCCGAAACUCCGGUAAAAACAUUCAGCAUUCCCCGGACUACAUGGUAAUGAAGCCUUUUGAACGUGGUGUCAAUUUUUUUUAUUGAAGGUUACCUUCAUAACGUCGGGGCCAAGAAUCACAAAGAGAGCAAAACCUUUUAUUUCAGAGCCCUUUGCUACCGAAGUCUACGGAAAAGUGAACCCCCACAUAAAAUAAGAUUAGCGAUCUCAACAGAGCAACCUUACGAUGUACUUGCUUCAUCCUGCACCUGUGUCGCUGGAUCUUUGGGGUUUUGUAAUCAUGCCGUAGGCCUAAUGUAUCUAGUUUCCCACUAUUCCAUGACAAAAGCUAAAAUGAUCCCCGAUGACUUGGUUUGCACCUCCCUUCCACAGCAGUGGCAUAGGCCUAGAGGGAAAAAUAUAUCAUCGGAGCCUUUGAUGGAAAUAAUUUUCAAAAAACCUAAGUUAGGCACGACAUGUACAGGUGAGAGUACCUCAGUUUCUGUGUCCCCUGGUAUUACUUGUUCACUGUAUCCUGCAAUCAAGGCAGCCCCAACUAAUGCAGAGAUUGAGAGCUUUAAGGAUGAUUUAAAGAAGGUCAACAAGAACUUUGGCCUCAGUUUGUACAUGAAUGCUGGAAGUGAGAAGGUACUUACCAGGGCUGGUCUUGCACCCUUGGGAGGGUAUCUCAGUUAUCAAAUGGCACCCACUGAAGGAAACUUUAAAGUGACGUGUAAUGUAGACUUAUCUAAGCAACCGGCUAGCAGUGAAGAUGUCCCUAGAACAAUUUACCCUUCUUUCCCGUUACCUUUGGUUUCCCCCUUGUUCAUAGUCACUCAGUGCUCUUCAGAACAUAAUCAAUUUUAUGACUCACUAAGAAUCAAUGAAGAGAAUGCUGCAGAUCUUGAAAGGGCGACACAGUCACAACGAAACAGUAGCCGCUGGUGGACUGAAAGGAAACCAAGAUUGACAGCGUAG